AAUAGAAAUCAGGAGUUUGGGUCAAUUAUCAAAGUUGAACCACAUGAGAGACGUGACCGUAAUAUUAUUAGCUUACAUCUUUUGAGUCUAAGCGAAGAAAAUAUACUAAUAUUGGUGAAUAUGCGUGAAAUGCCGUUAAAAUCUCUUAAGAAUAAUAUUAAAUCUAAUGACUUAUGACACAAAGUGUAUAUAUUUAUUUUCCUAACGAUUAUUGACAUUGAUUAACUUUAACUGGAGCUCAGUUGUCUGUUUACUUCUUCGUGGAACUUGGAAAAUUAGAAAACGACAAAGAUUCAGUCGAACUCGAGUAAAAAUUAAUGGAAGCCUGUAAAUCUUUCGAGUCAUCUCGAAAGUUUGGCGAUUUGCCCGAGCAUUCGCCUGUAAUUCGUGAUAGGAAUGUAUCGCGACAACUUAUAACGAUCGUAAUAACUCGUAUUCGAGCAGUCCGACCAAUUAAGGACGAAAGGGCGCCCGCGGAAGUCCGAGCUUUCUACUCAACGAAACUAAUCGACUAACUUGGUUGACUCCCUGCGGUAUCUCGUAUGCCGGACUUCCGGUGACCCUUCGACCCUAUUCCACGACCGACUGAGUUUUAAUAUAGAUCUUUUAGCGGGGGCGAGUAAAGUCAAACUUUUUCCAUCAUCCUGUAUAAAUUGGUGAGAUUGAACGUUUCUGUAUGCUUGGAAACGAUCGAAGAUGUCAAACGAGAAGCACGCAAUUAUUUACGUUAACUACUUUCGACACACAAUCUCGAACUUUUGCUCUUACAAAUCUUGCAUCUCUGCGAAUACAUUACGAAUGCCGGUCGUUUCCAUGUGUGUUUGUUUACACUUGUAAUUAUUCGUUAUGUAACGCUGAUUUGAACCUAAUCGUAUUAUGUUGACUUAUUCAUAGGCAAUUUGCAUGAUUCAUGUGUUAUCGUGUGUACGAAUUAUUAAUGCCGGUAUCAAUGAAUAACGAUAAUUAUUUCGGAAUGUAAACGCAUAUGAACAAAUGGCGAAACGAUUCUAAAAGGGAAACGUUGAAACUCUCUUUGCACUUUAACACACCGUGCAAUUUGCAGCAGUGACGAUAAUCAACACGAGCUCGUGACAGUGAAACGUUAACGCUAUCACACACAUUGACGUACACACACACACACACACACGUCCACAUACGCGCACUCUCAUUCACACGCUCACACGUUCAUACAUUCACACGUCCAUACGUGAUAAUCCUCUCGCAUGUGUCUUCGCGCAUUGGGAUGUUCCCACGGCGCAUCAUAGCUCCUGGUCAACCUACGAUCACUAUGCUUAUAGUCUAACGGAGCGACUCGAUUAAUCGAGACGUGUCUCGUCGACGAUUCAGUUGCGUAUACAGUGCGCGCAUCGAUACAGAGGCCGUUGUUACGGCGCAUCGAAGCUCCUUUUUAAGAGAGAAACCCGAUGGGAUUUCCGCUUCGUGGAUUUUCCGGAAAGAUGGCAUGCGUUCGUAGCGACAGCGACGGCGGCGACGGCGACGGCGGCGGUGGCGGCGGUGGUGGCGGCGGCUCCAGCGACGUCGGGCUCGAUAAGAGCGCACAGGUUGCCGAAACGAUCGAAAUACUCCAAGUCGUUGCAUCGGCGGUUUAUAUCGAGACGUUUGCCGUCGUCCAGCCACUUAUCAUCACGGAGGUGCAAGAAGAAAGGCGCACAAUUACUACCCCAAGGUCGUCACGUCCGAAGGUUCACGGUAUUUCAUCUUAACUACAUAGUCGAUGAAUAGUUAAUCGUAGCAUCCCGAAUUGAGAGACUCGCUGGCUCUCGAGUUUUGAUACACAUAAUUAUUUCCAAAUAAUUUCCAAAUAAUAAAUAUUUAUUAUUUUUAUUAACGUUUUUAAUAUUUUUCAUAAUGAAAAUUAACUGAUUCAUCGAAC